AUGGAUCGCCGGGACCAGCAGGGCGAGGCUGUGACAGAGAAUAACACAGGCCCGCUGGCGCCGCUGCCGGACGACGUGCUAGCCGACGUGCUCCGCCGCCUCCCGCCGCGGGGCCUCGCCGCGUCCAGGUGCGUGUGCAAGUCUUGGCUCGCAGUCGUCGACACUCGCCGCCUGCUGCGGGCGGAUCUCCUCCCCAUCUCGGUAGGUGGGUUCUUCAUGAACUUCCACAACUACUACAUCUCAGAGUUCUUCGCACCCCUCUCGGACGGUGCCUCCAUCUCCGGUAAGCACAAUUACCUGCCUGAGGCCGGAUGCCUUUCCUGGGGCUACGUAGACGACCACUGCAAUGGUCUUGUGCUGCUCCACGACUACACCGACAACGGCGGCAAGAUUUGCUACGUGCUUAAUCCGGCCACCCGAUGGCUGGCUCCCGUGCCCCCGUGCCCACUCCCUCCCAUGGAGAUCAAACGCACCUUCCAAGUCAAGUACCUCGCGUACGAUCCGACCGAGUCAACAGACUAUGAGGUGGUCUCAGUUACCCGUUUUGGUUGGGUGAACAAGCCUGGAGGUUGUCUCUACGACACUUCUAGAGAUGCAGUAUACCCUGAGAUAGAACAAUCUGAGUGGCCACCGUCGGUAUGCAUCUUACAUGUGUUCUCAUCUAGAACUGGACAAUGGGAGGAAAGGUCUUUUGCUCGACAAGGUGAUUCCAUGGGGACCGUGUCUGGCAUGAGACACUGGCCAGGCGAACAACGCAAUGCUGCUUACUGGCGAGGAGUGUUGUAUGUGCAUUGUCAAACUGAUUAUGUUAUGAGAAUAUAUUUGUCAAGUGAUAAGUAUCACGUGAUUAAACCACCACCUGGCAUUGAAGUCGAACACUAUCCACAAUUUUAUCUAGGGAAGUCAACUAAGGGAAUUUAUUGUGCAUCAAUCAAGGGAAGAUGCAGACUUCAAGUUUGGAUCCUUGAUGAAUCAGGUUGUCAGAUGGAGUGGGUACUGAUCCAUGAUAGGGACCUUUCUAAGUGGUUGUUGAAGCAUAAGCUUGUGUAUCCAAGACCAUGUGCAAAUUAUGGUUCAAAAAUCCAAGGACCUUGGGCCUUGCAGGAUAUUAAUUACUAUUAUGAUGAUCACAAUAGAGAUCAUAAUAUGGAAGCACUAGCAGAAGAGAAAAUCGAAUGGUCCGUACAAGCUUAUGAAGAUGAGAAAUUUACAUGGAGUUCUGUUGAUGAAUAUGAAUGCUAUGGUGGUCACAUGGAUAUUCUUGGGUUUCAUCCAUGCAAAGAGAUUAUCUUCUUGAGUGAAUCAAUAACACGAGGAUUGGCCUAUCACUUGAAUAGCUCCAAAGUUGAAGUCUUAGGCAAUAUAUAUCCAGCAGGAUAUGAGAAUGAAUUAGGAAAUGAACAACUCUUAAAUUCAUCUUUUCCGUACACACCUUGCUUGGUUACACAAUCUGCAGACGGGAGGAGUUGA